UACAUGCAGGGUAUGGAGAGAUACAUCCAAGAACGAAAGUAAUCAGUGUGCCUUAAGUACACAGUUCACAUUUUUGGUUUGAUUAUUUAAUGUUUGAAUUGCAAUGUGAGAUGAAGCUACAUUGGCUCAACUCUAUCAAUAAAUUAAUGUUAGUUGUUUACUGACUUAAACUCACGUGCUGUACCUCGUGAAACAAGUCCGUCUUCCUCCAAGGAUGCUGCGGCGCCCCCAGCCUACAGACUCGGAGGCGGACCUGUUGAGGGAGCAGGAGUGGUUCCUGAGCUCUGGAGCCCAGGCCGCUGCAAGUGUGGUCCGCCGACCGGACAAAAGAAGACCUCAGAGUGGAGCAACGGAGGAUCCACAGGAGACUGGUGAUGGGCAGAGGGAUGUCGUCUCCAUAGAAGAUCUUCCAGAUGAAGUGCCCUCGCUGACACCGGCGCCACCAAAGAAGUCCAGGUUCAAGUCCCGCCAUGUGACCUUUGAGCAUGAGGAUGCAGAGGAACAACUGGACAGACAUGACACUCACAUCAGUGCUGUCCUAUCUAGAAUAAUUGAAAAAGAUACCAGCUCUGUCCCUGUGUCACUACCAAAGUUUACUGGCAUGGCUUUUCCCAAAGUACACCAUCGCUCUCAACAUUGUGAGAUGCCUGAAACUUCUGGUCCCGGCCGUAAAAAGAGCAUCUUUGCAUGCCAAAUCACUGCUCAAAGACUUAAAGAGGGAAAGACACCAAGUUUAACUUCACAGACACAAACCAAGACCACAGACCAAACCAAGAAAGAUUUGGUGAUGAGCUUCAGUGUUAAUACAGACCAAGCUGUAGAGGCGGGCUUCAGACUGAUUUCUGGGCAGAGUCUUGGGGUGCGAGGUGGCUCAGAGGAGGCCAUGAGAAUCCACAGAGAGAAUCAAGAGAAACUACAUGGAAUGUCGGAGUUAGAGAUCCUGAAUGAGCGGAAGAGGCUUCUGUCUCAGCUUGAUCCAAGGCUGGUAGAGUUCGUAAAAUCAUGCAAAGCCCAAGACAUUCCCUCCUCUGCACCAGCGCCCCAUCCAUCUAGAGACCUGAGUGCUCCUCCUUGUGAUGCUGUGGGUCAGUCCCCAAGUGCUCUUGUGGAUGUGGAGAUGGAGCCAGAGCAAGAACCUGCCACUGAAGCUGACUUGCCAGUGAAGCCUCACAAAGACUGGGUGCAUAUGGAUAAGUUGGAACCCGAGAAGCUGGAGUGGAUGAGAGACUUGCCGCCACCAAGAAAAAAGGGAACCAACAAAGCCAUGCAGGCACGCUUCAACUUUGCAGGGACACUGAUCCCACCGGCUGAAGACCUGCCCACUCACCUGGGUCUGCAUCACCACGGAGAUGAACCGGAGCGAGCAGGGUAUUCUCUCCAGGAACUGUUCCUGCUUUCUCGGAGUCAAGUAAUCCAACAGAGGACUUUGGCUCUUAGCACUUUGGCAAAAAUUAUUUCUAAGGCCCGAUGUGGUGAGUACCAGUCCUCCCUGAAGGGCUCUGUGCUCUCCUCUCUGCUCGACGCUGGCCUGCUCUUCCUGCUGCGCUUCUCUCUGGAUGACAGUGUGGAGGGUGUCCUAUGUGCUGCUGUGCACGCUCUCCACGCAUUACUUGUGUGUGCCGAAGACGAAGCAUGUAUGGACAAUGUUUUCUGUUGGUUUAAUGGCAUUGCCUCAUUUCCUCUGCUGCCAUCUGCCAAUGAGGAGGAGGAGGAUGAGCCUCUCAAAGAGACCAAAGAAAAGCAGGACGAAAAGAGCGAUUAUGAGGUGGCGAGGCAGGAUGUUGUUAAGGGUUUGCUAAAAAUGAAGCUUCUUCCUCGACUGCGAUACAUUCUGGAAGUUGUCCGUCCAUCUCCUCACGUCAUCCAUUACAUAAUGGAGCUCAUUAUUCGGCUUGCGAGGCACUCCACUUCCUCUGCCACUCAGGUGUUGGACUGCCCUCGUCUGAUUGAGGUGAUCCUGCGGCACUUCCUGCCUACCACUUGGACAGCCCCUGCCUCAACCCCUCCUAAGUCUGUGUAUGGACUCCCACAAGCCAGUGUGCUAAAGCUGCUUAGAGUGCUGUCUACAGCUGGCAGACAUCUCUGUGCCAGAAUUUUGAACUCUCAUGGGGUGAAGGAGCGCCUCUCCUGUCUGCUCAGUGCUGAGCCUGGCGACCUGCUGCUGGGGGAAGCUGAGGCUAUAAGGAUUUGCACUGAAGCCUACCGACUGUGGGCUGUGGCAGCCCGCUAUGGACAGGCCUGUGACCUAUACCUUGAUCUGUAUCCAGCCUUACUGAUGUCCCUCCAGUCUCCUGGUUGCCUAGCCUCAUCAGAGCCUCUGUCACCGAAGCGACUGCAGAGGCUGCUGGCACUGGUUUGUCUGCUCACUCAGAUCACUCACACAGCUGGAUGCCACCAGGAGCUGCAGACCGCUAUGCUCAGUACUGGUGGUGAAGAGUGCCUGCCUCCUCCACCUGUUUGCUGGGAGCAUGUCUCUGGACUGCAGCAGACCUUGGUGUCUCAUUUAAAGAGCUAUGUAAAAGGGCUUGAUUGUGAUGACCAGAGAGAAAUCAGCCUGACUCUUAUCCCUGCUUACCUCAUCUACCUACAGGCAUAUUAUCAUCAACUCUCUCUACAGAAGAGCUUCAGUCCAGUACACACCCUAGAGGAACUGGAGGGGCUGGCAUCAGAGCUCAUCACUCUGCUGUCACAUCGUGUGGUACAAGGCCUCAUUAAGAAUCUCAAGUAUUUCUCAAUGGUGUGUAAUGUUCUCCAGUGCCAUGCUGAGACAACUGCAAAUCUACCUGGUCUGUCUUGUCCCGGAUGGAGGGACGCUCCUGGGUUAGCUUCAGCCACUUCCCCUUUCCCUCUUUUGACAGGACUGGCCCUUCUGCUGGACACCAUCACAACCAUCCACAAAGGCCUCACAUUAAAGUUCUCUGGUGUGCUUUCAGAGCCUGUUCUUGAAUAUCUUGACUGCUGCACUGCCCGAGCCACCCCUGCCUUGUCCCUCACUAGAGCCUGGUUCAUGCGCCAUGAGCACCAUAUCCUGUACCUGCUGCUGCGACUGGCCAACAGGCUGGUUCCUGUUAGUCCAGAAGUAGCCAAACAAACCCCACUCUUCCACCGGAUGGCGCUGGUUCUGUUGUGUUCUCUGUUACCGGGAAGUGAAUUCAUGGCUCAUGAGCUUCUCUCAAACAUCAUUUUCAGCAAGGCCUUCAUACCAGAGGGCCACAGUGGAGGACCGGAGGCAGUUGAUCUGGGGGAACUAAGGCUCAAGGAGGACUCCUCCAGUUCUCAUCAUGCCCUAGGCUCUCUGCUCAGAGAGGCCUGUGCCCAGCUGCCCUCCAUCCGGGCUUGCUUCCUCACCCAUUUGGCCCAUUUAGAACCGACUGUGGUAGUGUCCAAGAACUUGUUCCUCGGUCGAACUCCUUGGAUAACAUCCCAGUUCCUCCCAGACCUUAGUGGUCCUAUCCUGCCCUCCGAUUGGCCCUACCUUCCCCUAGUGAGCCUGUAUGAGCGGGCUGGGGUGUCUGAGGAUGGGGGGCUUUCUGUUCAAGAGCUACCCCUGGGAGCACUCAUUGCUGUGACCCAUUGCCUCCAGUGGCUGCUGGUGCUGGAGGUCUGGAGAGAGGAGGCUCUAAAGGUGAUUCCGCCUGUAGCCAAACUGUCCCGUUUGUCUUGUAUAUUCCUCUGCUCCAGCGACCUGUUUCUGGAGAAACCCAUCCAAAGUCUGACUUGGGCUUUGUUCAGGCUGCUCACCAGAGCAUCCCACCUAAACUCUCUGGACCUCAGCAUCCCUCCUCUAGGCCUGGCCUCCUUUCAGGACCUGUACUCAUCCCUGCUUACUCAGUACCAGGCUGUAUCAUUUGGGGACCCCCUGUUUGGCUGCUGGAUGCUGCUGCCUUUGCAGCGGAGGUACAGUGUGGCUCUGAGAUUGGCUGUGUUUGGAGAACAUGUCGGGAUGCUCCGCUCACUCAGUGUCACUGUGGAACAGCUCCCCAUUGCACUGGAGAACUUCACUUCUCCCCCAGAGGACUGCCUGGCCCUGCUCCGUCUGUACUUCCGCUGCCUGCUCACUGGAACUCUGAAGCAGCGCUGGUGCCCUGUGCUCUAUGUGGUCGCACUCUCUCACCUCAACUCCUUCAUUUUCUCCCAGCACGCUGCAGCACAGGAGGUGGAGGCUGCUCGCAUCAGUAUGCUCCGGAAAAUAUUCUACCUGACUGAUGAGGUGUUGAAGAAGCACCUCCUGCUGUUCCGUCUGCCCCAGCAGCAGUCAGACUGUGGUUUUGACCUGUAUGAGCAGCUGCCUCCCAUCAGGGCCAGGCGUCUGGAACAAGUCCUGCGACCACAGGAACCCAGUAAUGACAAGGACCACCGAGAUGAGAGCGAGAGGUGAGACAGAGCAGGGAACAAGUGCGCUAUGGUCUUUCACUCAAAGCAGGCCUGUGCUGCAUUAGUGAAGAGAUCCUCUGAAAGUCAUCUGUAAAGUGUAAAAAAGUGUUUAUGGAUGUAGUGUAUUUACUGGCAAUAAUCAUAAUGUGAUUCAUGUUUUUUUUAUUCUUAAUAACAAAUGUUGAUAAUAAAAAAUACUUGGGGAUGAACUGCAGAUGGAGUGGAAGAUUAGUUCCACAGAUUUUUCCUUUGACCAAGCAAGAACUCAAUGUUAACCACCCUGCUUGUCUGGCAAAAAUAAAAAAGUGUGUUUACGAGUUCCUGUCUGGGAAUAAAAUCUGAUUCUCAUACAAUCUUGUGCCUUCUCUUGUUACUGUGACAUACUGUGUAAAAUUAUAUUUUAUAAGCUUUUAACACUGUUACUGUUACCGUUAACAGUGAGAUGACUCAAUUGCAUUUUGAUUUAUUCAUUUAUGUCUGAGUAAUCCUGCAUUGUGCAGCAUUUCUCAGAAUAUUUCAGUUUUCACCUACCUCCUAUCUCUGCCUCCUCUGUAUUUACUUGCCAUUAUUCAAAACAUUCUGACUUUGUGUCAUACAUGCACGCAUGUUGCACUUUUUCAAGUAUAAAACAAAUAAAAUGUGCUGUUUUAUUUUGUGAAAUGCUUCAAUAAACAGGCACACUUUUAUCAGUUCUGCUGUUUUGAACAGAAAA